AUGCUGAUGAAAUACGGUGCUGAUAUAAGAAUCCCUGAUGGACUUGGGUUCACUCCCAAGUUUCUGACCACAGGAGGUUAUGUUUAUACUAAACAUUCAUUAGUACUAACAGCUAAUAGGUGGAGGAAAAUAGCAAGAGCAGACAAUUGGUCAUUGGUCUUUCUUUUAUUUAAUUUUACAGGGCGUUAUCCAUGUGAAAAAGUGACUGAGUUUCUGCUAAAGAGCUGUGAAGUUUCCGAUGUUAACCACCAGACCAAAACGGGGGCCACUCCCCUCCACGGGGCUGCUCUACAGGGAAAUCUGGGUUGUAUCAAGUUGCUGCUGGAACAUGGAGCUGACCCUAAACUGGAGGAUGAAGAUGGCACCACAGCCCUGGAACUGGCCAAGGAUAGUGCAACAAAAGCAGUCCUACACAUGUACCUAAUCCAGUCAGAUAUCAAACGGGACACAGUCGAUGCUGUAUGUGUGCAAUGUAAACAAAUUCCAAAGGAAGGUCUAAAGCGCUGUGGGGCGUGUCAUGUGACCAUGUACUGUGGCAAGGCGUGUCAGGUUCGUCAUUGGCGGGAGGGCGGACACAAGAGAAACUGUCCAGGAUCUGUGAUUGCCAGACCAUUCCGUGUGGGGGAGGACCCAAGUCAAAACUGUGUUCAGGUGUCAUUUUACAGGGUCAUGGGGUCAAACAAACCAAAUGUCAAGGUCUUCAAAAGGACAGCAAAGGAUGCUAUCCAGAAAAUGAAAUUCAUAGAGAAGAAGAGAUUUGUGGUCAAAGUUCAGCUGCCUUUAAAUGCAGUGGGUAACAGUGAGAUGAUGGUUUACAAUGCUGACAGAACUGUUGAAGGAUAUGUCUAUCCUAAUGAACCAGGGUAUUUAAACCUGCAGAAAAAGAUUCAGGUAGAUGGAUAUCGUGGAAUUAAGGCGUUUUUCUGGGCAGAACUGACAGAUAAAAAUGACGGCACGUUCCGCAUCUUUGGUGGAAAAUGUGCUCCCUACCAGACUUGGUGAAACAAUGGCUAAGGGGAGUAAUACUCCUUGUUGACCAGGGAAAGGCAAAAUAUUAAAACUUGUAUUAUCAAUAUUUAGACUUCAACUAAAGGUGAUCUGCUUCAUGCUCACAGUGUUAUGUCAAUUUUGGAGGUCAAAAUUAUAGUAGUGAAACUAGUGAUUAAGAAUGAAAGCAAAAAUUGGUAGUGACUAAGAUGGAAAGUAAUCAUUCAUUGUACUAAAGUUAUAGUAUUUAGUUAUUAUAAUCCUUUUGAAC